UUAUAACGAUAACGUUGGAAUAACGAUUUUAUCCAGCGGAUGAACGAUAAAAUCAUUGACAGCCAAUCAGAAUCCAUCCUGCUGUAACGAGCUCGAGCAUUUAAAGUGACAGACAUGCACGCGCUUAUAAACAGAACGAUAUCGUCCGCUGUUCUUGCUGUGAACGGGCCUGUCUUUAUUAUUAUUUCCUGCCGAACAUGAUGGAUAUAGACACAUGGAGGUUGAUAUGUCUGGAAUCUGCAGCAUUUGCUGUUAUUGAAGCAGAAUCUGUUCCCUGGAGGCCUUUGAUAAACACUUCAUUAUGUUUUCUGUCAUCUGCGCUGUUUUCUGACCCGCACCACUAACAUCACAAACCGGUUUUUGGUGUUUGGACAUACAUAAUAUAAAUAUAAAUACAUAAACAUUCAGCACCAUCAAAGCACUUCUUUGUAAGUGAUACAAGAUGAGUUGGUUGUCGUUCCCUGACUAUGAGAAUAACAAAUAAAACCUGCAAUGCGCACACCGUCCAGCAGAUGGCGCAGGAGGAACGGUUAAUAAAUGGUUGCUGAGCGACAAGGACGCAAAACAGUCCGUGCUGCGCAUGCGCUGAUACUUAGGGACGCUGAAACUUUUUGGAAAUAAAAAUAACAAAUUAGUGAUCACAUCAUUACCAUCGCUUGGAAUAAUUGGAGAAGCUUGUAGUUAUUUUUUUUAACCCUUAAAAAGGCAUUUCUAUGGCUGCUAAAAAGAAGGAGAUUAGUUUACAGGUAAAUAUCAAUAAUGACGAUCAAUGGAGUGAAGUUCUGGCAACGAAAGGGUUAAUAGUGGUUGAUGUGUACCAGCAGUGGUGUGGACCCUGCCGAGCCGUCGUCAGUCUCUUUAGAAAGAUCAAGAAUGAGCUGGGAGACGAGCUGCUGCAUUUUGCCACGGCUGAGGCUGAUGGGAUUGAAGCUCUGGAGAAGUACAGAGGAAAGUGUGAGCCCACCUUUCUGUUUUAUGCGGGUGGGCAGCUUGUGUCAGUUCUACGGGGGCCAAACGCUCCUCUCCUGCAGAGGACGAUACAGGAAGAGCUGAGCAAAGAGAAGAGCGUCCUAGAACACGGGGCAGAACGCAGGGCGGUGAAAGAUGAAGGUUUAACUGAAGAGGUGAAUGAUGACAUUGAGGAUCACCCACAUGAUGAAGAUGUGAAUGUUCCUGCUGUCCAGUCAUACACAGUGGCAAUAAUAAAGCCGGAUGUGGUGGCACACGGCAAAGCAGAUGAGAUUAUUAUGAAGAUUCAGGACGCAGGGUUUGUGAUUUUAGCCCACGAGGAGAGAACGCUGAGUGAAGCAGAAGCUGAAGACUUCUAUCAACACAAAGCAGCAGAGCCUUACUUUCAGGAACUCAUCCAAUUUAUGUCGAGCGGCCCGUCGCAUGUCCUGGUCAUUUCUAAGAUGGAGGGCUGUGAGGACGUCAUCCCAGCCUGGCGGGAAUUCAUCGGUCCACCGGAUAUCGAAGAGGCCAGGGAGAAGCAGCCAGAGAGCUUGCGGGCUCAGUACGGUACCGAGACCCUUUUGAAUGCCUUACAUGGCAGCUCUGACAGCGAGCAGGCCAGCAGGGAGCUGGCUUUCUUCUUCCCGAACUUCAGGAUGGCGAUGGCGGACUCGAGCUCGGAGCGGGCCGGGCCGGAACAGGAGCAUGUGGAGAGGACGCUGGCGCUCAUCCGCCCAGACGCUGCCAGGGAAAACAGAGAGGAGAUUCUGGGCAGGAUCCAUGAAGCCGGUUUCAAAGUGGCCAUGCAGAAAGAGGUCAUGCUGUCUGAGGAUCAGGUCAGACAGUUCUACAGCUCUCAUCUGGAGCAGGAAUACUUCCCCAGUUUGCUCCAGAGCAUGACCAGCGGGCCUGUGUUAGCAUUAGCUCUAGUAAAAGAAGGAGCCAUGGAACACUGGAGAAACAUCCUGGGACCCAAAGACCCCAUCAAGGCUAAAAAUGAAGAACCUAACAGUUUGCGAGCUCAGUUCAGUAAUGGGAACUCCAGUAUUAACCAGCUGCACGGCAGCAGAAGCUCAGAGGAGGCGGAGAUGGAGAUCAGCUUCUUCUUCCCACCAGAGGACACACUCGCAAUCAUUAAACCCAACACCGAAUGCAAAGAGGAAAUCCUGGAGGAGAUUCAGGCCAGAGGAUUCACCAUUUCCCGUCUGAAGGACACGGUUCUGUCCAGAGAGAUAGCAGAAGAGUUUUAUAAAGAACACCGGGACAAAUCCUUCUUCAGCCAGCUGGUGGAUUACAUGUGUCGCGGCCCAUGUACAGUGAUGAUUCUGACGAAGGAGAACGCAGUGGAGGAGUGGAGGGCGGCCAUGGGCCCGACGGACCCCAACAAGGCCAGAGAAACGGCCCCAGAUUCUCUGAGAGCGCGCUUUGCUAAAGACAUUCUGGAGAACGCCGUCCACGGAUCCUCCAACACGGAGCACGCACACCAGAAGAUAAAGUUCAUCUUUGGAGACAUCGGAUCCGAGAGUGAGAUCAUCGACGGCGAUGCUUCACCUCCGUUAGAAACAGAGGAGAGCUUCGCGGAGCUCAAGAAUCUACAAGCUUCAAGAUCUCCGUCGUUUGAUGACUCGAGGAACCAGAGAGAGCAGAGCACUACAGAAGAUGCUGAAGAGAUCAACCCUGAGCCGACAGAGAGUCACGCAGCAUCAUCUGAUGAGACCGACGCACUAGAGACGCCCGCCUCCAGUCAGCAGGACGCAGAAGGUGCUGAAGAGAUCAACCCUGAGCCGACAGAGAGUCACACAGCAUCAUCUGAUGAGACCGACGCACUAGAGACGCCCGCCUCCAGUCAGCAGGACGCAGAAGGUGCUGAAGAGAUCAACCCUGAGCCGACAGAGAGUCACACAGCAUCAUCUGAUGAGACCGACGCACUAGAGACGCCCGCCUCCAGUCAGCAGGACGCAGGUCUGGAUUUGAAUGACUAGUAAUGUACAAGUCAACAAGUUUAUACACGGAUUCUUCAGACAUGUUUUGGGAACAUCAAUCAAAAUUUUUCAGACUGAACCAGCCAAUGCACAUGUGCAGUCCUAAGCGUACGUCUAGCAACCGGAGCUUCUAACAGCCGCUGCAGUGACUCAAUGACUUUACCAAUUGGCGAUUGGCUCUUUUAUUUAGAAGGCGGGACUUAUUUUGCCAUAUUGUGCGUUGCACUUUCUCCCAUUCAUAGUAAUAGGAGUGCAACUUUUUUUUUUUUUUUUAUAUCUAAAGUCUUUAAUGAUAUUUAACACGUCCGUAAUAUUGCUGCAGAAAGAUUAGUGCUUUUGGGGUUAUUCAUGGUGUGCUGUAGUUGUUUGUUGAUGCUUUUACACUUUUAAAUUUCCUUUUAAUGUUCGAUGGUUGAAGGGUGAGUACAAUAAUGUCAUCUAAUGUACCAUGUUUUUGAAAAUGCUUAUUAUUGCGUUCAUAGAGUGAAACUUUCACUGAUUGUUUACAGUUUAACAGAAGUUACUCCUAUAAUUUGUGCAAAGCGUCAUGGGAUGUAGGAAAAAGGUGGAUAUAUCUUGAUAAUAAAUAAAAAUAUAUUUACUUAUAUAGGCAUAUUUAUUUAUAUAGCAUGUUUUAGAACUUUAUUUAACAAAUGCCUAAAUUUUAUGUGAGGUUAGUUCAUCUUUCAGCGAGAAAUAGUGUUUAAUUUAUGAACUUUUAUUUUGAAAUGUAAGUCAAUGACAUUUGGAGGAAGUGAAGGUCUUUGUGUGUGGAGAAUCCACCCCUUUUAGAGGUACUGCCUAUUUUUGGAGUUCACGCCCAUUUUUGGAGUUCUGUAUGACCUGUGAUUGCAUAUAGAGAAUUAGUUCGUGAAUAAAUAAUAACAGAAGAACUUUCCUUUGGUUCAGGUUUUCCCAAAUGGGGGUUAGUAAGUUGAUGAAAAGCGAAUUAUUAAUUACAUCAAAUGUGUAUUUAAAAUGAAAAAAAAAAAAAAAAUGAGGCUGCACAAUUAAAAUACAUUUUUUUUUUAAAUCUGCUGCACUGCAUGUUUCAGAGUGAAGCACAGCACUGUGUUCAUUUACACGCAUGCAGUUUAUAAUAGUGUUUUUAGAGCGACUCGAUUCACAGAAAAUGUCUAGCUUCACUUUAUUUACAUUCAUAUCUUUUCCAACAUUUAUGUGGACAGAAGUUUACAGUAUUUCACUAGCAAAAAUAAAAGCUUGAGGACUUAGUAUUGUAACUUCAGGUGAAAAGUCACAUGUAAACACAAAAGUCAG